AUGUUAAAUUUUGAAGAAUUCCCUCUAUUAAUACCCCAAGAUGAUACAGGCAAAGUUUAUGAAGGGUAUUUAACCAUGAAGAAUGAAGAUUAUAAAAUAAAGAUUAAAAUCCAAGAUGGAGGUGAUCUCCGUCAUACAGUGGUGGAGACGGAAUGGAAAAUACAAGUUAUUAUAAAUCAAUAUUGGCCCAUACUAAAAAAGAGAUUAGCCCAGUGUAAUAAUUUAGGAAGUUUUCUGAAAGAUUUGGUUAAUAUUGUGGAAAAUGAACUGAAACAAGAAGAUUUGUAUUCUAACUGUAGUUUAAUUCACUAUUUAGUUCAACAAUUACAAACUAUAGGAUGGAAUAGACUAAAAUCUAUUGACACUAGUUUUGAGAAAGUGAUAUUAGUUAUAAAUGAUUAUAAAGAUAGACAACAUUUGUUAAAACUACACUUUAAUUCUCAGAAUUUAUCUGCCGAACCCAAAUGUCAGAGUGAUUUACCAAACAAAUUUCUAUAUCAUUGGAACAAACAGAAUGGUUUGAAAAGUUUAGUCCAUCAAUUCGAAGAAAGUUUAAAACAAUAUGAAGAGUUCUGGGAUGAAAUGGAAGAAAUUGAUAGCAAUACCUGGAUUUUAGACCCAGAACAACCUAGAUUUAAUUGUGCUUAUAGACGUAUUGUCAUUGGACCUAAUGUAUCAAUACAAAUCAAUGUGGAUGCUAAACAACCAAGAAAUUUUCCAGAGUGUAUUUUUUUAGGAGCAGAUCAACUCAUCAACCCUCUUAAAGAAAAACUGAAUGAAAAUUUACUACUAUGGGAUUUAAAUAAAAGUUUAUUAAGUAAUUUGGAAACAGUUUUGGACGUUACAUUUCCAUCACCCACCAAUUCGAAAAAAGAAGAUUUCAGUGUAGAAUGUGGUAUUUGUUAUGCAUAUAAACUAGAGUUGUCCACUCCUGAUAUUGUGUGUGACGACAAGCGAUGUUCCCAAGCUUUUCAUCAACAUUGUUUAUACGAGUGGCUAAGAUCUUUACCAUCCAGUAGACAAAGUUUUAAUACAAUAUAUGGUGAAUGUCCAUUCUGUAACAAGGUAAGAUCAAAUUUCAUGAAUUCCAGACAGUUGGUUUGA